AUGACUUUGCCCUACUCUGAGAAUCAAACGUCUUUCAUGGAGUUCAUACUGCUGGGAUCUGUCAAGAUCAAGCAAGGAAAAAGUUUCCUCUUUGUGCUUUUUCUCACAAUGUAUAUUAUCUGCUUCUUAGGGAACUCAUUUAUAAUCACUGUGGUUCUCUUAAAUCAGACUCUUCAUACUCCUAUGUAUUUCUUCCUUGGCAACCUCUCUUUCUUAGAUGUUUGUUAUAUUUCUGUGACUGUACCCAAAAUGCUUGCAGAUCUUUGGACUGGAUCUCCAAGCAUUUCUCUCCUGGGGUGUGCUGCACAGAUGUAUUUCCUUGUUAGCUUAGUGGGCACAGAGGGGUUCCUUCUGGCCUCCAUGGCUUUGGACCGUUACUUUGCCAUAUGUCGUCCCCUGGCUUACAUUAGUAUCAUGAAUAAAUGGAUUUGCCUGCAGUUGGCUGUGAUAUCCUGGACUUGUGGCUUUCUCAAUGCUUCUCUGCAUACGGCACUCACAUUCCGCCUGCCUUUCUGUCAAUCAAAUAGGAUAAACCAUUUUUUCUGUGACAUCCCUCCAUUGUUGAGUAUCUCAUGUUCUGACACAUCAGUCAAUCAAGUUGCCCUUCUCACAGUGGGUGUCUUUGUAGGGCUUGGCCCUUUUUUGUUUACUCUAGUCUCCUAUGCUUUGAUCCUUCAUGCCAUUUUGAGCAACCGACAGAAAGGGCAGAGUCACAAAGCUAUUUCUACUUGUGUAUCUCAUCUGACAGUUGUGAUUUUGUUCUAUGGCUCCAGUAUAUUUACAUAUGUUCGCCCUACCUCCAGCUACUCACUAGAAAGAGACCAGCUUGUGGGAGUUCUAUACAGUAUAUUAACCCCAACACUCAACCCACUCAUCUACAGCUUGCGGAACAAGGAAGUGAAAUUGGCAGUGAGGAAACUGAUUGUACAUAUCAGGACAUGUCAGAAGCAGAAGAAGGCAGGAAAAAUAGAGAGUACACUUUGCAUUGGAAGAGCCACUUAUAUCAUGGCAAGAAUUUACCAAACUAUUUCAGUGGUUCCUUUGGUCUCUUGGGAGCUAAUCAAUUCAUCAUUUCAGGGAAUACGGAGGGAAUAA